AUGGCAGACUAUCCCGAGUUCAUGCCAUCAUUGUGCUCAACCAGCGUUCUCAACUUUCUCUGCAUCGCGCUGAAUCAGGUUCCUGCAGCAGUUGAGAUUGUUACGCACACCUUUGUCAAGAUCUCUGCAGACCCGCAACACUUGCCGGUCUUCCUUGGCGGUUCCGUGGGUGACAUCCUGGAGUCAUUUUUCAAGUCCACAAACUAUCUGCGCCCGAACGAUGCGAGCAGCUUUGACCGGAUGCAGCAGUGGGCACGAGACAUCUCUGCGAUGGCACACUGCGCCCACACCAUGGGCACGAUGAUAAAGUACGACCACGCCGUUCAGGUGGACCUUCGCACCAUCGGGGCCAUCUUUGCAAGCAUGUCAGACAACUUGCGCUUGGUUUCUGAGCUAUCCCGGCUCUUCUACUGGGUCUGUCGCAAGUCUCCUGAUCUGUUUGAGACCCUGAUGGAAUCCGCUCCUGGCGUCGGUGGGCUGGAAGGCCUAGAUACCUUGCUGUUUUCCUUGGUGGCUACGUGGAAGCAGUCUGUGGAUUUGCACCAGCGACUGGUGGCUGCUGCCAGAGCCGGAAGCGGCAGCGGUUUGGAAGACUUCCUUGUUGAUGACAUAGACAAGUCGGUUGCUAUUGAGUUCGGUUCAGAAGAAUAUGGUCACAAGGUGGAGUAUGCCGAGAUGAGGCUCUGCUACAUGAACUGCCUCCUCUGGGUUUUACUGCCGCAGUGGAGCCUUCGGUGGCGCCUCCGCGAUUUCGGUUUGAAGGAUCUUUACCUUGCCGUGGAGCUGCGAGAGCCGGUGCUGCUGCAGGUCCUCCUGGGCACCAUGCGCCAUCUCCUGGACCAGGAGCAGGCGCAGGAAUGCCACGAGCUCAUAUCUUUCUUCGGAGAGCAGCUGCUUGGCUUCCUUGACCUGGCCAUUCUCGGAAAGUUCCCCGACAGCCUGAUGCGGCUGCUGCUGGACGGGGUUUCCAUCCUCUCCUUCAAUCGAGAUAUGCAGCAACUGCUUGCAAGCUUCAACAUCUGGGGCAAGCUGAACAGGCUCGUCCGUAAAUAUCGGGAACGGAAUGCCUCAAGAGAUCACCGCAAGAUCGAGCUGGCAGUCUUGCGAAUAAUGUCUCAAGUGGCAGUGCAUCCCGCGCAUCGCUUGGGUCACUUGGCUGAAGAAACAGAUCCUGAUGAAGUCUACCCUCCGCGUAGCGAGUUCGAGGAACAGUUAGAAGGUUGGGUAAAGCGGAAGGAUGAGCACUGCAAGACGAUCGCAUCCCUACUUCUCAACAUCUUUCAGGAGCAGAAGUUCCAGAAGCAUCCGAGCCAAGUAGAAACCACCUUGCACAGCAUCCUGGACUGGUGGCAGGUGCACUACUUGCUUACCCACGCCUGUGCCAGCAAGUAG